UCUGCUGGUGAUUUGUGUGACAGUGGGAAAAUGAAGAUGUUGUGAAAUAUGCUGGGUUUAAUCUGGUGACCUGUGCUCGGCUCUGGGUGGCAGAGGGAGAGAGGGGGUGAUUGCAUGAUGUCCGGCUCUGGGUCAGAACCAAAAAGCCCUGCUGUAUGACUCGCUCCAGCUGGGAGUAAAUGACGUAGCCCAACCUGAGUCAAUCCGCGCGCGCGCACGCGCUCAGCCUCCAUUAAUCCGCUCAAACGGCGCGAGCUGCAGCUUCACGAGCGCUGAGCGGGAAAACACGGCGCUGAGAGGAGAAGGCGCGGGACGGAGCGGAGAGCUGAGGGAGUUCAGCCGGCUGGAGAGUUCACCACUAUUACUUCAGAAUUACCUCAGAAGCUGGAUUGUUACCCCAGUUUAGCUGGAAGCGUUGACUUUAUAAUUUAGGGAUUUUUUUUAGCAUAUUUAAUCUGCGUUUAAACGGCUUGCUUUGCUAAAACAUCAGUGACAGAUUUUAUUUCCUGUAUAUUUUCCUGUCAGGAGAUUUCUCCACGCUUUUUAUUCGUCUUUUACGAAGUAAAGAGAACGGAGGCAGUGCUGGUUGGCUAAUAAUUUACGUACAAUUAGUUGUUUUAACGUUUUACCGACGUUUUAAACGACUGGAAAAACCCUUUUGUCUCUGUUUAUCUGCUAGAAUACCUUUUCCGAGCUUUCCGUCUUUAUUAAGGCAGUUUUGAGGUCUGAAGUGGCCAUAGCUAGCUAUAUUGUACGUAAAAUUAUCGGUUUAAACGUUUUAAAAAACAAUUUAAACGGCAAAUUGAACUGCUGCAAACGGUGAACCCCUACUGGAAGAAGCAUUUGUAUCUAUUUUUUGUUUAUUGUCAGUUUUUGCAGGUUGAAGACGUUUUAACGUUUUAACAACGGAAAAGCUUUUUCGUAGUCGUUUACGAAGUUUGAAGAAAUUAGCAGAUCAUAGCUUGCUAUAUUUAAGUAAAAUUUAAGGGUUUAAAUGUGUUAAUGACGGUUUAAAAGGCUUUUUUACUGUUUUUACUUUUAGUAUAUCCUCUCCACUUUCUUUUCUUCCUAUUGGUUUCGUAUUUUAGAGAAAUGAGGUGGCCUCGUGUUUUGCGUAAAACCCCCAAAGCGAAGUAAAACUGACUUCUUUUUUUUUUUUUUUUACCAUUUUUUAAACGUCUCGAGCGCGCGCACCGAGUCUCGAGCCACUUUAAACGCACGCGCCGGUUGGAGCUCCGGUCGAGCCCCGCGCGCGUCCACCACGAUGAUCACCACCACCACCACCCUCGCUCUGGGACUCCUCUACGUGUACGCGCUGCUGGGCAGCGGCGGCAGGGUGGCACGCGCGGACCCCGAGGCGAAGGGCAGCCGCUUCGUGUGCACGGCGGUGCCCCCCGGCGCGGACAUCAGCUGCCCGGUGGAGAGCACCAGCAACCGCGUGCAGAGCGCGAGCCCGCAUGAGGACGAGUUCCGGAGCACCAUCAUCCAGCUGCGCGAGACCGUCCUGCAGCAGAAGGAGACCAUCGUGAGCCAGCAGGGCACCAUCAAGGAGCUCAACGCCAAGCUCUCGCGCUGCGAGGCCGCCGCCGCGCAGGACGCGCGGGACAGCAAGGCGCGAGCCGGCGCGCGCAGGAAAGAAUACGGCAAGAACACCAUGGGGGACCUGCCGCGCGACCCCACCGAGACCAUCGAGCAGCUGGGCAAGACCAUGCAGACUCUGAAGGACCGGCUGGAGAACCUGGAGCAGCAGCAACAGCGUGCCAACGUGUCAGGUGCGGCAUUCCCCAGCGAGUUGCGCGACUUGCUGAAGCGGCGACUGAGUGACCUGGAGAGUCAGCUCCUGAGGAGAGUGUCUGAGCUGGAGGAUGAAAAGAGCCAACUGUACAACGAGACGGCGGCCCACCGCCAGCGCACGGAGAAUACCCUCAACUCGCUGCUCGAGAGAAUCACCGAACUGGAGAGAAGUAACAGUGCAUUUAAAUCCCCAGAGGACUUCAAGAUCUCUCUGCCCUUGCGAACAAACUACUUGUACGGCCGCAUCAAGAAGAGCCUACCAGAGAUGUACGCCUUCACUGUGUGCAUGUGGCUCAAGUCCAGCGCUAGUCCUGGUAUUGGAACUCCAUUCUCUUAUGGUGUCCCUGGGCAGGCCAAUGAAAUCGUAUUGAUAGAAUGGGGCAAUAAUCCCAUCGAGCUACUAGUCAAUGACAAGGUGGCUCAGCUGCCUCUGUCUGUGAGCGACGGCCGGUGGCAUCAUAUCUGCAUCACCUGGACAACCCGAGACGGCUUCUGGGAGGCCUAUCAGGAUGGAGAGAGGCUGGGCACUGGGGAGAACCUGGCCCCGUGGCACCCAAUUAAACCUGGAGGAGUGAUCAUACUAGGUCAAGAACAGGACAUUGUCGGAGGGAGGUUCGACGCUACACAGGCUUUCGUAGGAGAACUCAGCCACUUCAACAUGUGGGAUCGGGUUUUGCGGCCCAUAGACAUCUCAGGCAUGGCCAACUGCUCGGCCUACAUGCCCGGCAACGUCGUGCCGUGGGUGGACGGAAACAUAGAGGUGUUCGGAGGAGCCACAAAAGCAGCCCUGGAGAUUUGCGAGGACCGGCUCUUUGACUCGUAAGGUCUGGCCUGCCUGGUUUGGAUGUUUGGAGGUUUGUUAUUUUUCAGAGGUAGGACACCUCGCCAUGCUGCUUUCGGACUGUCACGGAGAGACACGGUCAAGCGACAAAAGAGUAUUCACUGUGCUUUCAAGCGAUAUCUCUGGCUGUUUUUUCUUUUUUUUUCUUUUUUUUCUGCUGUUCGUGUUUUCGUUAAGGUUUAGUGUGAGCAAGGUCAAUGAUUGAAGUAAUCGUGAUAUGUAACGUAAAAAAAAAAACCUCAGUCUACACAUUCGAGGUUAAGGACUCUUGAAUGCUCUGGCUUAAACGAGCUUCGGCCUGUUGUUGAUGUUAGGUAUGCUUUUGUGUUGCACACGUCCUUCAAAACCCUGUUAUCAUUCAGAGAACUUCAAGAACAGCGUGGACGGCGUUGCGAAGUCCAAACUGCAUGAAGGCUUACAUUCAAGUUCAUUUAACUGUGUCCAAUAUAAACAAUGGGAGGAGCUUUUAAACAUGCUUAUUUCGUACAGACAGAACCUAAAAUAGGGCUUCUUUGUGUGAAUGAACAGCGCUAUUCAAUCAUGCAAUGUUGUCUACCACCCAAAGGUGACUGUGUGCACGUUUUUUUUUUUGUUUGUUUUUUUGCGUGAAUAGGUGUAUAUAUAUAUGUGUAUGUGAGUGAAUGUGUGAGUGUGCUUGCUUGUGGACACUCAGGGGAUUAGUGGAAGAGAACGUUCACAUUCUUGCAAAUCUACUCUAAUACUGCUCCCCCUUGAGCAGCUGCCAUCUUCAGCAGAUUUGCCACCCGGCCCGGUGAGGUUAAAAGCAGGGCAGUAAAGCUGGCAAGGACUGGUCUGGUCUACAACUCGCCCCGCGUCAGCAGAAGGAAAAGAAAAAGCCGACAGGAGGGAGGCCUUGAAGAGAUCCAGCUCAUUCUCUCGGCUUAAAGAACAGUGGAAGAAUGUUUAAUCCUCAUUUGUCUUGUAAAGUACUAGCUUUAUUAAUUACGGAUGUAGACAGGCGCUGCUGAAUUUUUCAUACAUUUUUGUAAAUGCUUUUUUUUUUUUUUUUUUUUUUUGUCGAGGGCAAGGAGAUGUCCCUGAGUUUAAUUAGAUUAACUGUGUGUAGGCUACUGGAGGAUUGUGCAAUUACAAUGACAUGCCAGAUGUCAUAGGAUAUGCCAGAUAUCAAGUCCUAUGGCAAGUGUUCCUUGUUGGAACGGACAAUUCUAGUCAGACACCGCUGGUCACAAUCAUUACCACACACCAUCCCCCUGUACACACACCACACCACAAGCGAAAAAAUCACAAUGUCAAACAAACUACAUUCUUAAGGGAACAGCAACCACUAUGAACACACAGAGCCUCUGUAGGCUUUAUUCAGGGCUCCAGACUAACACCAUCCCACCGUCCCAGGAGAGAUAAAUAUAGGGACUACAUUAAAGAUCUUUCAAGGUGCUUUGGGGACAUACAAAAGUUUUCCUAAUACUGAGCACAUACUGAGUUUGUCUGUUUACUAUUUAAGUUCCGCCUUUUAAUAUAGAGACAAUCAUCUUGGUGGAAACACAGGGGGAGGAGGAGGGUCGACAUGACAAUAAAGGAGAAAGCCCCUAUAAGAAACAAAGUGUUUAUGUGUUUGAUGGAUAGCCAUGUCAGUCAACUAUGGAGGUGAAAAAGUGACAGUGGUAAUCAGGAAAACUGCACAACUGGAAGGUUAAUGGCAGUAAAUGCAUUUUUAAGUAGCUGUGGAUGGAUGUCAAUGUGCCACUAUUAUACAAAAUGCACAAAUUACUGUAACUGUAAGAAAAAAUGUUAGUCUGGCACCUUGCUUUAUUUAUUAUUUAUUUAUAAAUGUUCACAACCCUGACCUAAAAUUUUAUAUUAUCUGAAACAAAAAAUGAUUACCUGUAAUCUAUAGUAAUGCUGUAAAAAUAUAAAUUCUCUGAUAUUUCAUAUAUCAUAGUUCAACUAUGAACGUCUUGCUGGAUUUACCUUUACUAUUAUGUAUGCUAUUAUGUACAUCAUAGUGUAGCAGUUUGAUAGUAAGCUUCAUAACCUAUUUUCUCUUCUAUUUAAUUUAUUUGUCAUUUUUAUCCCAUUUUCUCCCCAAUUUACACGGCCAAUUACCCAACCCACUCAUUAGGACUCCCCCUAUCACUAGUAAUGCCCCAACACACCAGGAGGGUGAAGACUAGCACAUGCUUCCUCUGACAAAUAUGAAGCCAACCACUGCUUCUGUUCAAACUGCUGCUGAUGCAGCCAAUUGGCCAAUUGUGCUGUCUCAGGGCUCCGGCAGCUGAUGGCGAGCUGAAUAAACUGGAUUCAAACCAGUGAUCUCCCAAACAUAGUGGCAGCACCCCAUUCAUAACCUGUUUUCUGAUUGGUAGUUUACCCAGGACAUCACUGUUUAUUUUCAUAAAUCUAAACAGAGCUUAGUUUUAUUGUGUUGCUGACUUUUAUUAAAAAUGAGUAACUGGGGUCACUGUGUCGCUUUUGUCGCUUGCGGUGAGUGUGCACUCACCAGACAUCAAAUAAUUUAAGUUAUUAUUAACCAGUAGUGUUUAGCCUCACUCACAAGAUAGCACCUCACACCUUAUACAGGAGUGAACCUUCUCAAGCCAUCCCCUGAGCUAACAUUUCACGAUAAUUUACAUGCUGCUAUCCCGUGACUUUUGGCAUGUCAGUGUAGAAUACUUGUUUAAUGAUGCAUGUACAUAUUCAGAGUUUUUAUUUUCAGACCCUGUGAAGACCCUAGCACAAAGCACUGCAACAAAAAAAAGGAAUAUUCUCUGUAUUCUAUGGAUGCUAUUGUAGUAUUGAAAGUAUUGAAAGCUACUAAGGACAAAGCUGACGCUGCUCGCUUUCUUUUCAAACGUGACGACAGCAAGGUUGAAUGCAUUCUCCUCCAGCGAUCUUAAGAGAGGAACAUGCGUUAUUUUUGUACAGAAUCCAUUAGCGCAUUUUAGGGUUUUGUACAGUAAUGUAUGAGUGAAGCUGUGCAAUAGCUGCAUUAUAUAUGUGAUUUUUAUGUACACCGAGCUUUCAGUGCUGUUUUGUACAUGUUCUCAUGCCCAAAUACACCACUAUGCCUGUCUCUUUGUGUCUAGCUGCGGUAGAAAGGUAGGAGCGAGGAUGGAUUUGCUAGGCUGUCGUGUGUAGAGUGUAGAGUGGAAAAGGAAGAUCAAACGGGUUCUCUGUAGUGCGCACUAUUCUUAAAUACACAGUACCCACUAAUUAGGCAGUAAGUUGUUUCCCUUGUUGCCACUUAUUGGUACGUGUCCUUUAAGAUUUACUGAGAUUAUACUGAUGAGAUGACUGAAUGUGCUUUAACCCUUAGAAGACAUUAAGCUAUUGUUAUUUUUUUUAUUUUGCACUUAUUUUUACACUGUUCAAUAUAAUUACAUGAUUACAUGUUUACAAUUACUUCGUUUUUUUGUAUGAAGGACAAUUGUUCAUCAAAUUCAAAUCAUGGUGAGAGAUGCGCUAAUAUUAAUUUCAGUCCAUUUUCAGUUAUUUACAAAGCCCUAACAAAUGUUUUUAAAUGUUUUUAUAUAUAUAUAUAUAUAUAUAUAUAUAUAUAAUAAACACACAGGGCCUAUGUAGGCUUUAUUCAGGGCUCCAGACUAACACUGUCACACUGUCCCGGAGAUGAUAAAAAUAGCACACAGGACAAGAUUACAGCUCUUUUGCGGUGUUUUGAGGAUGGAGAAUUUGCAUGCACUGAAACCAAUUACAUGUAGUUUAUGAUUAGACCGCAUGCUGAAUGAAAUAUAACUUUAAGUUUUCCUAAUAAUUAGCACAGACUAAGAGUCUGUUCACUAUUAAAUUCCUGCCUUUCAACAUAAAGCAAAUAUACAGCUCUGAAAAAAAAGAGAUCACUUCAGUUUCUGAAUCAGUUUCUCUGAUUUUUCAAUUUAUAGGUUUAUGUUUUGGUAAAAUGAACAUUGAGAAAUGGCUGAAAUAACAAAUAAAAAAGUUACAGAGCUUUCAGACCUCGAUUUAUGCAAAGAAAACAAGUUCAUAUUUAUAAAGUUAAGAAAAUUAAGAGUUAAGAAAUCAAUAUUUGGUGGAAUAACCCUGUUUUUUAAUUACAGUUUUCAUGCUUCUUGGCAUCAUGUUCUCCUCCACCAGUCUUACACACUGCUUUUGGAUAACUUUACGCCACUCCUACUGCAAAAAUUCAAGCAGUUCACUUGGUUUGAUGUCUUGUGAUCAUCCAUCUUCCUCUUGAUUAUAUUCCAGAGCUUUUCAAUUUGGUAAAAUCAAAGAAACUCGUCAUUUUUAAGUGGUCUCUUAUUUUUUUUUCAGAGCUGUGUAUGGAUAGCUGGUAAUGAGGCCUUGUGCUGCCAUUGAGGUUUCAUUGCGAGCCGGUUUAUGAAGAACCUGGACACGUACUUUUCUCUGUUAUAUUAGAGAAUAACUACAAAUCACUUAAGGGAGUGCAAAUGCAGAUGAGUGCUCAUUAAAUAGGGGUGAAUGGAGCAAAAUAUCUAAAAGCAUAGACAAAUAUUUUCUAACUACUUGUCCAGGGUUUUUCCCUUUAAUUUUAGGAAGUAGAAUUAUGUAUUUCACAAAAAAAGCUAAAAAACUUGACCUGUAAUAAAAUUCUUAUUUCAAAUUGUCUACAGAAGACUAACUGAAGUGUGCUGACUAAUUUAUAAACAAUGUUGCUUCAUAGUUUCAUAUGAGUAUAUGUAUGUAGACAUGCUCUGGAGCGCCCUCUAGUUUCUGACAAACACAUACGACGUUUACAAGUGGUUGAUCUGCUCUCUAUGUGUAUUCUGGAUUUAAAUACCAAAUUUACCAACUAGUAAAUACAAUUAGCAAAUACUCUUCUGGAUGCCUCUAUGAUUACAAUAUCAUUGUGCAAAUUUUCUGAAGACUGAAAAUGUUGGAUUUUUUGCUUUUUACAAAAAUUAAUCUUAUUUUUAAGCUAUGUUAAAUUACUGAUGUGUAUUAUUUUACUGAAAUAAUUGUUUUGUUUUUUUUUGUCUGUGAUUAUGAUCAUCAUUUCCGGUGUGUCUUCUAAGCUUUGAGAGCAAUGGCCCUGAUAUAACAGAUUUAUAUUCAGAUUACUGAAUGUCCAUUCGUUUCCAUUUAACUGUGAACUCAAAUGCUUUAUCGUCACUGUGUGUGUGUGUGUGUGUGUAUAUAUAUGUGUGUGUGUGGGUAAGGAGAAAGACUUCAAUGUUUCUCUAAUGUAAAUGUUUUGUGUAUUUUUAUCUGUUUGACAAAAUAGCAGCUUGUUUCAAUUUUUGCUAAAGAAAAACUGAAUUGCCUUUUCCGAGCACCAACUGUGCUUUCUUGGUUUGUCGAGGAUUCGUUCCACCUUUAAAUACAACCAUUUAUUCUACGGAGCGUACGCAGGUAGACUGAGGAAAAUGAAAUGAAAACUCUUUUGAUUUAGAAUCACUCUCUCUCUUUUCCUCGUAUGGAUCAGCGUGUACAGUUCGAUGUCGAGGUGUGGUUGAAUAUCUUUUGCACCCAAUAAAUGAUUCUAAAAAAGA